AGGCGUCCUCAACCUCUGAGACAGCUCCACCAUGUCUUUCCUCUGGCUUCUCUCCUGCUGGGCCCUCUUGGGCACCACCUUUGGCUGCGGGGUCCCCGCCAUCCACCCUGUGGUCAGUGGCCUGUCCAGGAUCGUCAACGGCGAGGACGCCAUCCCCGGCUCCUGGCCCUGGCAGGUGUCCCUACAGGACAAAACCGGCUUCCACUUCUGCGGGGGCUCCCUCAUCAGCGAGGACUGGGUGGUCACCGCUGCCCACUGUGGGGUCAAGACCUCUGAUGUGGUGGUGGCUGGGGAGUUUGACCAGGGCUCUGAUGAGGAGGACAUCCAGGUCCUGAAGAUUGCCAAGGUCUUCAAGAACCCCAAGUUCAGCAUAUUCACCGUGCGCAAUGACAUCACCCUGCUGAAGCUGGCCACGCCCGCCCGCUUCUCCCAGACGGUGUCCGCUGUGUGCCUGCCCAGCGCUGAUGACGACUUCCCCGCAGGGACUCUGUGUGCCACCACAGGCUGGGGCAAGACCAAGUACAAUGCCCCCCAGACCCCUGACAAGCUGCAGCAGGCAGCCCUGCCCCUCCUGUCCAACACUGAAUGCAAGAAGUUCUGGGGCAGCAAGAUCACUGAUGUGAUGAUCUGCGCUGGGGCCAGUGGCGUCUCCUCCUGCAUGGGUGACUCCGGCGGCCCCCUGGUCUGCCAGAAGGACGGAGCCUGGACCCUGGUGGGCAUCGUGUCCUGGGGCAGCGGCACCUGCUCCACCACCACGCCCGCCGUGUAUGCCCGCGUCACCGCGCUUAUGCCCUGGGUUCAGGAGAUCCUGGCCGCCAACUGAGCCUGAGGCUUCUGCCACCCCCACCCCAUGAUUCCCCAUUAAAAGCAUCUGUUCAGAAUCUCUGA